AUGAAAAAAGUUUUAAUUUUAAUUUUAUUUUUAAGUUUAUUUAUAUGUUCGUCCUUUUCCCAAAAAUUCAAUGUUCCAUAUAAAGUUUAUGACUUUUUGCCAUCGCAACCUGGAUUUAAUAUCAACUAUACUAAAUAUUCAAAUGAUAAAUCAAUCAAAUCAACUGGUUUAGUUAAAAAACUAUUAAAUCCAAAAACUCAUAAACCUGAAUAUUGUUGUGGAAAUAGAAAAUUUAAUUUUAUUUCCAACCAAAAAGAAUAUGAUCAAUCUUUUAUGGGAAAACCUGGAAUAUCAAAAACUGUAAUCAAUACAUUCACUUUUAAUCCAGUCCAUUAUUCAAAUGGAAAAGUUAAAUAUGCUGUUACUCUAAAACCAUUUACUCCAAUUAAUGGAAAAGGUUGGAAUGAAGGUGUAUCUGGUGAGAAUAGAUAUUGGUGCAUUGAAGGACAUUAUAAAUUCAAAUAUCAAGUAAGUAAAAAAACAUCUGAUUUCUUUUCAUUGUAUGCAGGAGGUGAUUUAUCAGUAUUUAUCGAUGGUAAAUUGGCAUUUGAAUUUGCAGGUACUAGUAAUCCUGAUUCCGCAGUUAAUCAUAAAAACUUAAAUCUUGAAGUUGGCAAAACUUAUCCAUUUGAUUUCUUUAUGUGCCAAAGAUUUGAUCAAAAUAAACCAUUUGUUUAUCUCCAAUUUGAUACACCAUUUGUAUUUCAAUGCAAUAAUAUUCCAGGGGUUAAUGAUGAUGUUUGUCCACCACCAACAAGACCACCAACAAAACCACCAACAAAACCACCAACAAAACCACCAACAAGACCACCAACAAGACCACCAACAAGACCACCAACAAGGCCACCACCAACAGAACCACCAACAAGACCACCACCAACAGAACCACCAACAAGACCACCACCAACAGAACCACCAACAAGACCACCAACAGAACCACCAACAAGACCACCAACAGAAUCACCAACAGAACCACCAACAGAACCACCAAAAAGACCACCAACAGAACCACCAACAAAACCACCAACAGAACCACCAACAACACCACCACAAUGUGUACCUGAAAUAGAUUGUAAUGAUAAUAAUCCAUGUACAAUUGAUGCUUGCGCAUUCCCAUCAAAUAAAACUCCAGCAGGUUCAAAAAUUAACAAUUAUUGUACACAUACCCCGAUAGAAUGUGAUAAUUCAAAUAAAUGUAAACCAAAUUCUUGUAACGUUAAAAAUGGAAAAUGUGAACCAUUACCAGAAAUAAAAUGUCCACCAAAGAAAGCUAUUGAUUUAUUAGGAAUUGGUAUUAUUUGUCAAAAUGAAAAAUGUGAACCAUAUUCUGGUAAUUGCGUUCCUGAUUUUUUAAAAGGACUUUUAGAAAUUUUACUUUGCUAA